AUGGCUUCACCAAAGCAGCAUGUUGAAGAGAUACGAAGAACUAAAUUCUCUAUCGGCGGAGAACCUAAUCCUUUGACUGAGGAUCUUCACCAUGCUGUUAAGAAUCUAUCCGCUGAACUUUAUGCAAAAGAUGUUCAUUUCCUCAUGGAGCUCAUUCAGAAUGCUGAAGAUAACUCUUAUACGGAAGGAGUUAAACCAACACUGGAGUUUGUCAUAACUUCUGAUGAUAUUACUGCUACGGGUGCUCCGGCCACCUUACUUAUUUUCAACAAUGAAAAUGGGUUUUCUCCGAAAAACAUCGAGUCCAUUUGCAGCGUUGGACGAUCGACUAAGAAAGGCAACAGGAGCAGUGGUUACAUAGGAGAGAAAGGAAUUGGUUUCAAGAGUGUGUUUUUGGUUACUGCACAACCUUAUAUUUUUAGCAAUGAAUAUCAGAUAAGGUUUAAUGAAAAGCCAUGUCCACAUUGUAGUCUUGGUUAUAUAGUUCCUGAAUGGGUUGAGGAGAAGCCGACCCUGUUGGAUAUAAAAAAGAUAUAUGGUAAAGAUUCUCUACCAACUACAACGAUUGUCUUACCGCUGAAACCGGAUAAGGUCGAUCCUGUUAAACAGCAACUGUCAAAAGUUCAUCCUGAAGUUCUUUUGUUUCUGAAAAAAAUCAGACAGCUUUCUGUCAGAGAAGUGAACCGGAACCCCGCACAGAACACAAUAACUUCUGUAUCAAUUUCAAGUGAGAAAAACUUUUUGUCUAGAAAAAAUAUGAAUGCCGAAUCCUACACGCUCUUUCUCUCUGCAGGGGAAAAUAGUAAUGCUGAGAAGGAAUGCUCCUACUACAUGUGGACGCAAAAGUUUCCGGUCAGGUCAGAAAAUGUAGUCGAAAGGAGAACAGAUUUGGAAGAAUGGGUUGUGACAUUAGCCUUCCCUUUUCACGAGAGGCUUCAUUCUGGCAAAAGCUCACUUGGGGUGUAUGCAUUUCUUCCUACAGAGAUGGUGACUAAUUUUCCCUUCAUAAUUCAUGCCGAUUUUGUCCUGGCCUCUUCAAGGGAGACAAUUCUCUUAGAUAAUAAAUGGAACAAAGGGAUACUUGAAUGUGUUCCAUCUGCCUUUAUGGAGGCAUUCAAAACUCUUGUUAUAAGAUCAGAUCAACCUCUAGAAUCCAAUUUGGCUAGUAUGUUCAAGUUCCUUCCCAUUGAAAGAUCUCCAUUUGAGAAGUUUAACGAUGUGAGGGACAAAAUCAAAGCAAAUUUGUUGGAAGAAAAUAUUGUUCCAAUUGAAACUUACACGAAGCAGAAGCACUUCUAUAAGCCUGGUGAAGUUAGCAGACUGCUGCCUGAAUUCUGGGAUAUUUUGAAUAAAGCCAGGGACGAAGGAGUGUAUCUGCUUAACCUCUCUUCUCAUGAUGGGAGGAAGAUCUUGAGUUCCUCAUUUGAUACAAGUGAGUAUGAUCAGAUACUCAGCUUUUUAGGGGUGAAACCAGUUAUGGUCGAUUGGUACGCAAAGUGCAUCCAAAGUUCUAGUCUUGUUGAUGGAGUAUCAGAAGAUCUCUAUCUACAGCUUUUAUUGUUUGUUGCCAAAUUUUGGUCUUCAAAAUUUAAGGGCACAGAAAUUAGUAGUAUUCCUUUGAUCAAGUAUGUGUCCUUAAAUGGAACUCUAGCAUCUUUCACUCUUAAUGAAUGCACACAAAGCCAUGCAGGUGCAAGGCGAGUAGCAAUAACAAACUCAAGUGAUGCUAAUGCUUGCUCUUGGCUGAUCAAUUGGAACAAGGAGUUCGCAUGUGCAGCAAACCGUUUUUUUAUGCCAGAAAGGACACAAAAAGCUAUGUUACGUUUUUCCCAAAAACAGACUUUGAUGGAAUGGCUUGUAAAUGAAGUAAAUGUCACUAAGUUGAGUGUGUACACUUUCGCAAAUGUCCUCUGCAGUUCUGUUAAGAAUAGCAGAAAACUUGCGAUAGCAUAUGCUCAUUUUUUGUAUCACUCAUUGUCAAAGGCUUAUUUGUCAGAGCGGGAGGUUGAUGCUCUAUGCAGUUCUAUGCCACUAGUUGAUAGUUAUGGGGCUGUCACCGAGAUAGGAAAAGGGGUUCUUGUGCCUGCAAAUGUGAGCAAAUGGGCAGACUUGAUUGUUUCAAAUCCUUGGAGGAAUGAAAAUUAUGUUGAGCUUGGAAAGGAUUACCUAAAUUCAUCAUCUUAUGCAGGCCAAUAUACAGAUUCCGGGAAGCUUAUUGAUUUCCUCAAAACUCAUGUUGGUGCUUCUGACAUACCUCAUAUUUCUCCUCCAAAUGCUGGAUUUUCUGCAGUUAAUACACCACUUACCAAAGACAAUGCCUUUUUGCUUCUGGAAUGGAUUCGUAAACUUAAGUACAAGGGAGUGCGACUACCAGAGAGGUUUUUGAAAUGUAUAAAAGAUGGCAGCUGGCUUAAAGUUACGGUGAAUGGAUACAGGCCCCCUUCAAAGUCGUUCUUAAUUCGAUCUCCAUUGGGGAAAAUUCUGCAAUCAGGUUCUGAUCUGGUUGAUAUUCCUUUGAUUGAUGAGAGCUUCUAUGGUGAUAGAAUAAACAAAUAUGAAGAUGAGUUGAAAACGAUUGGAGUGAUGUCCAGUUGUGAGGAAGCAUGCAAUUUCAUUGGAAGAGAACUGAUGUCCCGCGCAUCUUCCUUCACAUUGAGCAAGAAUCAUGUUCUUUUAAUGCUUAAAUUCAUCCGGUUUCUCAGGAAAAGUCUUCUUCCUUUGGACCAAUUUGUGAACAGCAUCAAAGAUGGUCAAUGGCUCAAGACAUCUUUGGGUUUAAUGUCUCCUGUGGGAUCUGUAUUGAAUGAUUCCGAAUGGCAAGUAGCCUCACAAAUCAGUAAUAUCCCUUUUAUCGACCAGUCUUAUUAUGGUGAUGAAAUAUGUAGUUACAAAGAGGAGCUCAAGUUGCUAGGAGUGAUAGUUGGCAUAAGUGGAAACUAUGAUAUUGUCAUAAAGCAUUUAAAAUUAGCGUCAAGUUUGGCCUCUUUGACAGCCGAGGCUCUUCUUUUGACAAUGCAUUGCUUGAGACUCUUGAAUGACACUGGUGAUCUCUCUGCUUCUCUGAAGGGAACAAGCUGCCUGAAGACAAACAUGGGAUUCAAAAUACCCGGUCAAUGUUACUUGUAUGACAAGGUGUGGGGCUGCAUUUUGGAAGUAUUCAGCGGCCUUCCUGUAAUUGAUAGUAAAUUCUAUGGAGAGAAGAUUUUUUCUUAUAAAGCUGAGUUGAAGAAAAUCGGCGUCGUUGUAGAAUUUGACGAUGCUAUAAAAAAAAUCGCUUCUCUCUUCAAACAGAGGGCAUCACAAACUUCAUUUACCAAAGAAAACGUCGUGUCAUUUCUUUCUUGUUGCAGGCAGCUAAAAGGGACUGUUCAUAGAUUUCCUUCUGAUUUCUCCACCAUUAUACAUAAUCAGAAGUGGCUGUACACUAAGGUUGGCUGUUUUAAGUGCCCGAGCAAAUGCAUAUUAUAUGGUCCGGAGUGGAAAUCUAUAUCUUCAAUUACUUGUCUCCCUUUCAUUGAUGACAGUGUCAAGUUUUAUGGUACCGCAGUACAUGAAUACAAGGAAGAGCUGAAGAACAUUGGCGUUGUAACUGAGUUGAAAAAUGGAGUGAGGUUUGUGCCAAAGUGUCUGAACUUUCCUUUAAAUCCCUCCACCAUUACUCCUGAGAGUGUGUUUUCUUUGCUGGAGUGCAUCCGAAGUCUAUUGAGCGAGCAUAAGCUUUCCAUUGAUGAUGAGUUUAAAAAGAGAUUGUCCAGAAGUUGGCUGAAGACACAUGCUGGUUAUAGGCCUCCAGAGACGUGUUUAAUGUUCGAUUCCAAGUGGAGUUUUUUCUUUAAUCCAACUGAUGGACCUUUUAUUGAUGCAAAUUUUUAUGGACCUAAAAUAGCAUCUUUCCAGAAAGAACUGAAUGCUGUAGGAGUCAUUAUUGACCUUGAGAAUGGAUGUGCCUUGCUUGCCAGUCACCUUGAUUCUCUCUCUAAGACUGACAAUAUUGUGAAGAUAUAUAGGUACUUAUCCGAAUACAAUUGGAAACCCGAGAAGCAAGAUGCCAAGAAAAUUUGGAUUUCGAAUGGAAAUGAAGGUGGGAAGUGGGUCAAUUCUGAAGAAUGCAUCAUACAUGAUCCGGAUAAGCUCUUUAGCUUAAAGUUUUAUGUUCUUGAAGAUAUCUACGAUAAGAAAAUCCUUCCCUUCUUAACUUUUUCCAUGGAAGUCAAGUCUAAGCCCUCACUUGAUGAUUAUGUUGAUCUUUGGAAUGAUUGGGAGAGAUCGUCUGAAGAAUUGUCGAAUGACAAGUGCUGUAAAUUCUGGAUGUUUAUCAUGAAACACUUGGGCACAAAUACUGAGAAGAAACUUUCUGAGAGGCUAAUCAAACUACCUGUAACCUCAGGCAGCAAGGAAAUAGUGUUGGUUGAUAAGGAAGAUGCAUUUAUUCCUGAUAAUCUUCAUCUGAAAAGGCUUUUUGAGCAUGAGAAAAUUUUUGUGUGGUAUCCUGAGCAGAAUUUCGGGCCAUCCUCCAUUGUUAAGUUGUAUGACAUCUACCGAAAGAUAGGUGCUCGGAAUAUCUCUGAAUCACUGAGCAAAGAAGAAUCAUCCUUAGUUAAUGAUGAUGGUGUUGAAAUGGUGCAAGUUGAUCCUUAUGAUAUUUUCAACUUGAAAGGUUUGGUUAAGCUGAUUCUUGGCUUCCUUGCUUGUUCAAGCUUGAAAAUGGAACCUGAGAAGAGGCAUGAAGCUGUUCAAAGUCUUCUAAACUUAAGUUUCAUUAAGACAAUGGUUCCGGUCACGGUAAGCUAUAGUUUAUCACUGUCUUCUGGUGUCACUGUUACGAAGAAAGAUGACAAAAUGGUUCGCUGGGAUAGGCAAAGUUCAAAGUUUUUCCUCCAUAAGAUGAAUGAGCCUGAGAGUAAUGCACUGAAGUAUGCAACAUAUUUCUGCGAGACAAUUUCAGAAGGUGUUUUGCGUGAGAAUCACGAUUUUGUUCCUGCUCUAUCUGAGUUGAUCACACUGGGAUUUGUGCUGAAAUUCAAGAACGAAGAUAUUGAUUUUCUGAUGGAGUCCAAGAACUUACAGAUUUUCUGUGAGGAUGAAAAGUUCCUCAGUUCUGCCAUCCCUUCUGACUAAGUAUUAUGCAUUGGUUUUAGUUGUUUCUGUGUGUCUGUCUUUUUGC